CUCCAGUGGAUGGAACAGCAGGCCGCAGAAACCGGUCCUCAUCUGACCCACUGAACCCGACCGACCCCAGAUGAGGCUGAAACUUCCACUGGAUCCGAUUUCUUGGAGGAGCAUUCCCCUUUAAGCCUGCAGCUCUCCGGAGAGAUGGCCCAUUGUCUUAAGUCCUCCCAUCUGUGGGGGUGGCUCGGCAGAAAGUUUGCAGAGGAAAAGUUUCGGAGCUGUCACUGGCUGUCGGGAGGAGACAGAUGGAGGACAGAGGGCACCUCCACCCGUGAGCAGACGUUCACACCGACGCACAAACAAAAGAACCGAGGACGCAACAAAGACGCACCGCGGAGGCGCACGAUGUCCGGGCCCGAGUUGGAGAAGUUGGUCGGGACUGUCAGAGUUUAAGUGCAACAAAGGAAAGAAGAAGAAGGAGGACGAGGAGAAGAAGAAGAAGAAGGAGUUCAUUAAGCGCAGAUGGAAGUGAUUUGAGUUUUCCAGUCGACGCGGUGUGUGAGAGGCGUUAAAUGUUUCUCCAGCGCAGGCCCGCGUCCUGACAACAUGACCCGGUUGGAGUGCGGGCGUCACGCGUUGGGACGAAGAGUGUCCCCCCUUCUCUUCUUCAUCGCACUUCUGACGCUCCUGCAAACCUGCAACACGCUGGGAGCAUCACCGGAAGCAGGGGGAUUUCUGCGGGAUCUGCCGCAGUAUGAAGUGGUUCGCCCAACCAGAGUGGAUGCCAGAGGUCACUUCCUGUCCAACUUCCUGUCGCACCACGCUCGCAGAGUGCAGCGCCGGGAAGCCUCGGAGGGACCGGCCGACUUGGAUCGAGUCUUCUACCAGUUGUGGCACGGCGGCCACAGUUUGAACUUUAACCUCACCCUCAACCCACACCUGCUGGCUCCAGGCUUCCUGACGGAGAGGAGGUACGGUGGCCUGGAGGGCGCCCAGAUCCGUCCUGCUCGAUCCUCCCGGUGUUAUUAUUUAGGAGAAGUGUGGGACGGGGCCACUGUCAAAGGGAACGCAGCCAUCAGUACCUGCGAUGGACUGACAGGACUGUUCAAGUUGUCCGAUGAGGAGUUCUUUAUUCAGCCUCUGGAGAAGUCGAGCGAGGAGUCGACGGCGACACAGGCCCACGCCAUCUACAAACGCCACGCCCCCCCUCCCCCCCGGAGUCCACUCAUACAGACGAUCUCAGGCAAUCAAGCUCUCAACGGAACCUGCGGACUCAAAAAUUCCCAUCAAAGUUUUGAAGAGCUGGAGAGGCAGCGGGAGCGGUGGGAGCGCCGGCAGCAGAGAAAAAGGAGAAUCCGUCAUCGCUCAGUCAGCAAAGAGAAGUGGGUGGAAACGCUGGUCGUGGCUGACCCCAAAAUGGUGGAGUAUCAUGGGAGCAAAGCUGUGGAAAGUUACGUCCUCGCCAUCAUGAACAUUGUGGCGGGUCUGUUCAGAGAUGCCAGUAUCGGAAACGCAGUCAACAUUGUGGUUGUUCGCCUCAUUCUUCUGGAGCAGGACGAGGACGAGUUAAAGAUCACGCACCACGCCGACAACAGCCUGAGCAGCUUCUGUAAGUGGCAGAAGAAACUCAACAUGAAGGAGGAACACCCGCUGCACCACGACGUGGCCGUUCUGAUCACCAGGAAGGAUAUCUGCGCUACCAUCAACAUGCCCUGUGAGACUCUGGGUCUGUCCCAUGUGGCCGGGAUGUGUCAGCCGCAUCGCAGCUGCAGCAUCAGCGAGGACACGGGCCUCCCGCUCGCCUUCACUGUCUCGCACGAACUGGGACACAACUUUGGGAUUCAGCAUGAUGGCAACGGUAAUGACUGUGAACCCAUUGGAAAACGACCUUUCGUCAUGUCUCCACAGCUCUUGUACGGCACCUCCCUGCCCAGGUGGUCGCGCUGCAGUCGCCAGUACAUCACCCGCUUCCUCGAUCGUGGCUGGGGCUGGUGCCUCGACGACGCUCCGGUGAAGGACAAACUGACGGUGAACUCGGUGCUUCCUGGGGUUCUGUACAGCGCCGCUCAUCAGUGCCGGCUGCAGUACGGAUCUGGGUCCCUGCUCUGUGAUGACAUGGACAACGUCUGCAGCACUCUGUGGUGCACGGUGGGAACGACCUGCCACUCAAAGCUGGACGGGGCUGCGGACGGGACGAGCUGCGGUGAGGACAAGUGGUGUUUCAGUGGGGUGUGUGUACCGUAUGGAUUCAGCCCUGAGCGCGUCAACGGGGGCUGGGCGUCCUGGAGCGAGUGGUCGGCCUGUUCCAGGACGUGUGGGGCCGGCGUCCGGGGCGCUGAAAGAGACUGUGACAACCCAGUUCCCAAGUACAGAGGGAAGUAUUGUCUGGGAGAGCGACGGCGUUACAAGGUGUGCAACAUCUCCCCGUGUGCUCCCGACCUGCCCACGUUCAGGAGCGUCCAGUGUGCUCACUUCAACAGCUUGCCGUACAAGGGCAAGUUCUACAAGUGGGAAUCAGUCAUCAACAGAGUGAAUCCUUGUGAGCUGCACUGCCGUCCGCUCAAUGAGCACUUCUCUGAAAAGAUGCUUGACGCCGUCACCGAUGGAACACCGUGCUUCGAGGGCAACAAAAGCCGGGAUAUGUGCAUCAACGGCAUCUGCAAGAACUUAGGCUGCGACUACGUGAUCGAGUCCAGCGCUGUCGAGGAUCGCUGUGGGGUUUGUCAUGGUAACGGCUCGACCUGUACAACUGUGAAGAAGACGUUUGAGGAGAGUGAAGGACUCGGCUAUGUUGAUAUCGGACUGAUCCCAGAGGGAGCCUGGGACAUCCGGAUUGAGGAGGUGGCUGAGGCUGGUAAUUUCUUGGCGCUACGAAGCGACAACCCAAACAAGUAUUUUCUGAACGGCGGCUGGACGAUCCAGUGGGAUGGCGAGUACAAGGCAGCGGGGACGGUUUUCACAUAUGUGAGGAUGGGACACCUGGAGAACCUGACGUCUCCCGGGCCCACCAUGGAACCACUGUGGAUUCAGCUUCUCUUUCAGGAGACCAACCCAGGAGUCCGGUACGAGUACACAAUCAGUCAAAAUGCCUCACAGGACAACGACCCAGUUUUCUACUGGAAAUAUGGUUCAUGGACCGAGUGCAGUGUCACCUGUGGAACAGGUGUUCAGAGGCAGAUUGUUCACUGUGUGGAAAAGACAACUGGGAUCGUGGAGGAGCAGUUCUGUGACCCCUCAACCCGGCCCGACGAUAACAGAACCAGCUGUAACAAGGAGCUGUGUCCAGCCAUAUGGUGGGUCGGGGAGUGGCAGAAGUGCUCAGCCAGCUGUGGGAGCUCGGGCCUGGCUAAAAGGACCGUGCUCUGCAUCCAGGCCGUGAGCGUGGAGGAGCAGAAAGCCCUGCAGCCCAGUGACUGUGAGCACAUGUCCAAACCUGAGUCUCUGUCCUCCUGCAACACAGACAUCCCCUGCCCUGCCGACUGGACCACUGGCAGCUGGCCAAAGUGCUCACUGACUUGUGGAGCUGGAGUUCGUCGCCGUGAUGUAACCUGCUCCAGAAACACAGGCGUCGACUGCGACCCCCAAAAGAAACCUGUGGCCGUCAGCUCCUGUAACACUCAGGACUGUCUGCCGGUUGUGGAUAACUUCGGAGGUCUCGACUGGUCGGGGAGCGGCUGGCCGAGCAGAGAGGUGCUCAAUGAAAUCAACUCCAUACCCCAAGUUAAACCUCCCUCCAAAUACAGCACCACCAGAGCCCAACCGAGAACUCAUAAUGACCUCAAUAACGCUGUGGAGGGAGAUUUUCACUACCACAACAACAUUGAAAAUAUAAAUCACAACCCUGUCCAAGUGGAUGAUUUCUACUAUGACUAUAACUUCAUCAACUUCCAUGAAGACUUGUCGGACGACUUUGAGGGCGAUGGGAAAGAUUCGGAGGACAGUCGCAGGUUGGAUCCCCCACAGGAGGACACGCCAACCCGCAGCACGAAUGAAAACGCCCCCGUGGAAAGUACGAGAGCUCCCACGGCUGCUUCAGACCUUUUUACAAUUUCAAAGGCCACUGCCCACACAGUGAACGCUGAAGAGCCGCAGAGCUCAAACGUGGACAAUGUGAAGGACGGUGGAAACGCAGCAGGAAACGAGUCUGCAUCAACGAAUUCUGAAAAUUUGGACGACUAUUUCUCGGAAGAUUAUCUCCUGCCCGUGUCUGCUACUCGCUCUCCGCCGUCGUCUACAACUCAGCGUUCACAAACGCCAAAGGAGAGACAGGACGAUGUGUGGUGGCCUGAAAACAUGAGCACAACGCCCAGUCUGGAGCCGACACAGGAUGUGACACGGAGACAAUACGAGGAGGAGAAUGACAAUAACUACGACUAUUUCACAGAGGAAGAAACUCACACUGAGGAUGUCACUGUGACUCCAAAACAUCCUGCUCCGUCUCCCAGACACCAAACCGUUAUUAGCACUGUUGUUGCUACAACAGUGAGCAGACAGGAGGAGGAGAAAGGUGAUUAUUAUUAUGACGCAUACAGUUACAAUGAAGAAAGAACACCAGGUCCAGAUAUCUCUGCAGAAUCAGACUACGGGGAGAAUCCAGAACCUCCCACACCAGAAACUAUAAUUCAUGUUAAGACACAAGUCCAGCUGGAUGAGCGCGCUUCAGAAAUACCUCAAACAACCAGUCGACCAACGUUAAUUCCAACUACCUUCCCAUCGGAGGAUCUGAACUCGGAUCAGACUCAUUUUAACGCGGUAUAUGCCACUAGUGAGGGAGAGUCAUGGGUCUCUGACCUUGACCUCAGCACAGCCUCGAGUCCUGCCCCUUCUCCCAUUCUGCACACCUCAGGUAACCGAGAGGCCUCCGAUGACUCCACAUCAUUAACUGGUACAAACAUCAUACCUCCUACAGACCUGGAGGGAGCCACUCGACCUCCUCCAGCUGGUUUCCUUCCAGCUGCGACGGAAGAGAUACCGACACUACCUGCUUUCACUGAGACAACUGGAACCGACUCCACAUCCCAACCUCCGACCUUUGAUUUAGCUGAUUUCGACUACAAUGACAUACUCGUUCCCCCGAUGGUGAGUAGCAGCGGUAACGGCGACCCUGGAUCUUCUCAUCACUUCCCGACGACCUCUGCAACGACCCCUGAGUUCAGCGCAAAACACGUGGAGUCAACUCAUCCACCUCCUCUGAGGCCACGUCUUCCAGUUCCGACAUCUGCCCAAACUUCAGCUGCCACGCCACCCACCACCGCUGCCCACUGGCUCGCCAGCAACUGGAGCGCCUGCUCCACCAGCUGUGGCCUCGGUGCGAUCUGGAGGAGUUUGGCUUGCAGCACUGGCUCCGACUCCGACUGCGACCCAGCCAAGAGGCCCGCACCGGCCCAGAGGUGCUACCUCCGCCCCUGCUCCAUGUGGAAAGUUGGGGAAUGGAGUAAGUGCUCCAAGAAUUGUGAAGGUGGCGUUAAAUCCCGAGAGGUCCAGUGUUUUGACAUGAGGGAUCAGAGGCCCCUCCGACCUUUCCACUGCCGGGCCAUGUCCUCCAGGCCUCAAACCCAAAUACCCUGUGACUUUCAGCCUUGUCUCAACUGGUACUCCUCCUCCUGGGGUCAGUGCUCUGAGGUGUGUGGAGGAGGUGAGCAGCAGCGUAUAGUCACAUGUCCAGAAGAGGAACGAUGUGCCAGGGACCUUCAACCCAGCAUCAUCCAAUCAUGUCACAGCCAGCCGUGUGCUCAGUGGCUCACUGGAUCAUGGGGACAGUGUUCGGCCUCUUGUGGCGGCGGAGUUCAGCAUCGACUCAUCAAAUGUGUCGACACUAAGGCUGAGACAGAAGAAGAAGUGGAUCAACUACAGUGCGACCACGAGCCGCAGCCUGAGAGCACCCAGAAGUGCAAUUUACAGGAGUGCGAGAGCGCCCCCUCUGGAGCGGUUUGUCUUCGGGACCGGCUGACGUUCCGUUUCUGCCACACUCUCCGUGUGCUGGGCCGGUGCCACUUGGCCAACGUGCGAGCGCAGUGCUGUAAAACCUGCAGCCAGCGUUCCCGGCCCGGCGGGACGUCUCGCCGCUGAGGUGCAACAACAAAACACUCACUCUCACGCCAACGAGGGACAGUGAUGGCCCCCACUGAGUGAUGGAAAGUACUGAAAAGGUUUAAAGUCGACAAUCUGAGCCUCCUCCUCAUUUCUUCACCACUACAGACGAAUCAUGAAUGAGUCAUAUUCCAAAGCUGCAAAACUUUGGAACCAUUAUACUAUUAAAUGAGGCUGUAAGAAAUUGAAAAUAUAACGAAUCGUAGCCUUUUCUCUUAGUUAAACAAUGAGAAUGUAAACAUCUGUUUUGCACUUAUGUUAUUAUUAUUAUUAUUAUUAUUCAGAUUUAAUGAAUCAAUAUGUCCUUGUAACAGAUGUGGUGCUACAUUGAAAUAGAAGAGUCUCCCUGAAAUGUAGCCAGUGUCAUAAUACAUCAAUACAUGUGUAGAUAAACCACUUAUUAACCGUUGGUACAAUGCUUUCAUGUUAUUGACAGCAGCAGAGAGUGUACAGAUUGAAUCAGGUAUAAAGUUCCCAGUGUGGUUUUACGUUAAAUGUGGUACAAGUUAAAUAAGUGGUGCACAAAUUCCUCGUGUGACGUAAAUAAACAGCUGACCGCUCGCUAAGCCCCCUGCAGCCCUUAGAUACAGUUGCUAUGUGCCUGUCAGGCUUGACAAUCACCUUCAACAGUGGUUGAUCGAACUUUGUGGUAAGUUUUGAAACAACGUGAGCUGGAUUUCAGGAAGAAGUUGACAAAAGAUAAAAAGGUGAAACCAGAAUGUCGCUCAGUCGAGCACACGUCUUCGCCAAGGUCAUGAAUUCAAUCAAGCUGCGCCACAUUUCACACACUCAUAGAUUCUAUAAAUCUUUUAUAAAUGACAUUUUUUCAUCAAGAUCCGUGAGUUAUUCCCGGGGGAAAUAGUAAAAGGUUGACAAAAAAAAAUGUUUUAUGUGGCAAUGUUACAGGAGGUGAAAAAAAACAUCCUCCUGUCUCAUCCUUCCACCAAGUUUUCUGACUAUCGGAUUCUGUGUUUUUUUGUGCUGACAAACAAAC